GGGCGCCUUCCUUGUGCCAUGGCGGUGGUGGGUUGGAGGCUAUGAACGCCGAAGAUGACCUUCAGGCAGAGAUCGAAAUCGCCCUCACUGCAGCUAUGACAGACCCAAAUCUAUCGCAGGGAGACUAUUAUGACCUUUGCGCCCGCUUGCCUUCACACUGCUGGGCUUAUGAAUUUAUUUCGCCCAAACCAGGAGUGCUACAAAAUUGCUGCUUUAUUCCAAAGAUUGGUGCUAUGGGUUUGAUUGGUCGCUGUGUUGCAAGCUUUGGUGCUGAUGUGGUGCUGAGCAUCGGCAGCGGCGCCGGAUUGCUGGAAUGGUUGUUAUCACCAAGGUUCAAAGUCAUUUGCGUCGACUACUUUUACACGGUUUCAGAUUCAGGCGACGUGAAUCCAUGGGUCAUUCCGCAGCUACACGAUGCCGUGCGGAAGCUCCAUGAGCCGUGGCUGACCUUUGUCAACCCAGAUGAUGUGUUUGAUGAUAGAGACUGUGGCAGUGCUGUACUGCUGUGCUGCUGGCCCCAGCUAAAGCCGUCACAACUGCAGCGAUACGCAGAGCAUUUCUCGCUAGCUGGCUGUAUAUUUUUGAUUGGGGAGAACUGUCACCCGGAGCCUCAACUGGCGGCAGAGGCUUUGGGAUGCGACCUGCCAGGCUACAGUGAAGAGGUUGAUUGCCUGUCUCAGCCUUGUGCCCUGUGGAGCUUUGCCAAGUCACCAAAGAGUGAAAUUCAGCAAGCAGAAAAAGGGCUGGGCUGUGAUGCCAAGCUACAUGCUGCGUUACAUGCUGGCAAGGAAACAGAUGAAACCUGA